AUGGCCUACCCUGCGCUCGCUACCGGUACCGGUCGGAACAUCGACAUGGCGAAGACCGAGUCUGAUCUGGCCAUCAACAUCCGCAAAGCUACCAGUAUCGAGGAGACGGCGCCCAAGAGGAAACAUGUCAGAUCAUGCAUCGUCUACACCUGGGACCAUCGCUCGUCUCUGUCCUUUUGGGCUGGCAUGAAGGUGCAGCCCGUCAUGGCCGACGAGGUGCAGACAUUCAAGGCUCUCAUCACCAUCCACAAGGUGUUGCAGGAAGGUCAUCCCGUCACGGUCAAAGAGGCGCAGCAGAAUGUCAACUGGAUUGAGAGCCUGGCACGCGGCGCCAUGGGCGAAGGGCUGCGAGGGUACGGCCCGCUCAUUCGAGAAUACGUCUUCUUCCUGCUGGCCAAGCUGGGCUUCCACCGCAACCACCCGGAGUUCAACGGCCUGUUCGAAUACGAAGAGUACAUCAGCCUGAAGUCCAUCAAUGACCCUAACGAGGGCUACGAGACCAUUUCCGACCUGAUGACUCUGCAGGACCAGAUCGACACCUUCCAGAAACUCAUCUUCUCCCACUUCCGUGGCGGCGCAAACAACGAAUGCAGGAUUGCGGCAUUAGUGCCGUUAGUCCAGGAAAGCUACGGCAUCUACAAGUUCAUCACGAGCAUGCUGCGCGCCAUGCAUACCACCACCGGCGACGACGAAGCCCUAGAACCGCUGCGCACUAGGUAUGAUGGCCAGCACUAUCGUCUCGUCAAGUUCUACUACGAGUGUUCCAACCUCCGCUAUCUCACCUCGCUCAUCACUGUGCCGAAACUGCCUCAAGACCCUCCCAACCUACUCUCCGAAGACGACGAGAAGCCUGCCUUGCCGAGACGACCAGCGAAAGAAAUCGAAAAGCCUCCUUCGCCCGUUGCGAAGAACGGCACCCCAGACAACCAGAAGGAUAUUGAAGACUUCUGGACAAAAGAAGCGCAAAGACAACAACAGGAGUACGAAGCAGAACAGCGGAGGUUGGCACAACAGUGGGAAGACCAGCAGAGGCAACAGAUGGCAGCACAACAAGAGGCGCAGCGUCAGUUUGAAGAGCAGCAGAGGUUGCAGGCGGAGCAGCAGCGUCUGGCCCAAGAACAGCUUCUCCGAGACCAAUAUGCAGCUCAGACACAAGGCCGCAUGGCAGAGCUUGAGCGUGAGAACCUCAAUGCACGGGCACAAUACGAAAGGGAUCAAUUGAUGCUGCAACAAUACGACCAGAGAAUGAAGGCACUCGAGGAACAGCUCCAACAGCUCAACAACAACUACCAGCUACAGUCACAGUCUAAAGAUGAUCAAAUCACGUCUUUGCAAGAACAAGUCAACACGUGGCGAUCCAAGUAUGAGGCAUUGGCCAAACUGUAUUCUCAGCUGAGACAGGAACAUCUGGACCUGCUGCAAACCACCAAAUCCCUGAAGUUGAAGGCAGCGUCGGCCCAAGAGGCCAUCGAACGCCGAGAACGGCUGGAACGGGAAAUGAAGACCAAGAACCUCGAGUUGGCCGACAUGAUCAGAGAACGCGAUCGGGCUCUGCAUGAGCGAGACCGCGCCCAGGGUUCGAACCGUGAAGAAGUGGAGAAACUGAAGCGCGAGCUGAGACUCGCUGUCGAUCGAGCAGACGAUGCCGAGAGAGCAAAGGGAUCCGAAAUCUCUUCCCUGUUAGCCAAGUACAACCGGGAGAUGGCUGAUCUGGAGGAAGCGGUGCGUUCCAAGACCAGACAGCUGGAGGACUUGCGCGCCAAACAGGGCGAGCGCAGUUACGACCACGAAGCCGCGCUCAAGGAGAAGGACGACGAAAUCGAAAUCUACAAGUCGGGCAUGGAACAAGCACUGGAAGAACUGGAAGAGCUCAAGCUGGGCCACGGCGAGAGCGACGGUGCCCUUGACACUGCCAUCGACGAGGUGAUCAAGACGAACGUUAACAAGAUCAACGAUAUCAUCGAUUCAGUACUUCAAAGUGGUGUGCAGAGAGUGGACGACGCCAUUUACGAAUUGGACUCUCCCAUGCAGGCUGGCAACCAGAACGCCACAGCCCCCUACGUCCUGUCCCAAGUCGAGAAGGCAUCAGCCAGUGCGACCGAGUUUUCGACGGCAUUCAAUAACUUUGUCGCGGAUGGGCCUGGCAGUGAUCACGCCGAUAUCAUCAAGACGGUUUCGGUCUUUGCUGCUUCCAUAGCAGAUGUGCUGUCGAACACCAAGGGCUUGACACGCUUUGCGACCGAAGAGAAGAAAGGUGAUGAAUUGACCAACGCCGCACGCCAAUCUGCGCUAUCCACGAUUCAAUUCUUCCGCAACCUGCAAUCAUUCCGCCUGGAAGGGCUCGAGCCGAUGCAGAAAUCCGACGUGGUCAUCAACAGCAAUCACGACGUGCUCAUGAAGCUCCAAAGACUGUCCAAACUCGCCGACGCGUUUGCACCCAAGGGAAGCAAGAUCAGCACGACGGGUGAUAUCGGAGACCUCGUCGACAAUGAGUUGACCAAAGCAGCCAACGCCAUCGAAGCCGCCGCCCAACGUCUCGCCAAGAUGAAGAACAAGCCUCGUGAUGGCUACUCGACGUAUGAGCUCAAGGUCAACGAUACCAUCUUGGAGGCGGCGAUCGCCAUCACCAAUGCCAUUGCCCAACUGAUCAAAGCAGCAACCGAGUCACAAAAUGAAAUUGUGCGUGAAGGACGAGGAUCGUCCAGCAGGACAGCAUUCUACAAGAAGAACAACCGCUGGACCGAAGGUCUGAUCUCGGCGGCCAAAGCAGUGGCUACUUCGACGAAUACGCUGAUUGAAACGGCCGACGGUGUCAUCUCAGGGAGGAACAGUCCCGAACAGCUCAUUGUGGCUUCAAACGAUGUGGCUGCUUCCACGGCACAACUUGUGGCAGCGUCGCGCGUCAAGGCGAGCUUCAUGUCGCAGACCCAGGAUCGCCUGGAACAGGCCAGUCGCGCUGUCGGAGCGGCGUGUCGGAGCUUGGUGCGGCAAGUGCAGGAUAUCAUCCGACAGAAGGCACGCGAUGAUGGUGAUCGGGAGGACUAUUCCACCUUGAGCGGACACGAGUUCAAGGUUCGGGAGAUGGAGCAGCAGGUCGAGAUUCUGCAGUUGAGGAACGCUCUCGAGGCGGCGCAGGCGAGACUGACCGAGAUGCGCAAGUUGAGUUAUCGUGAGGAUUAG